AUGAGCGACGCCUCAUGGGGAAUCCGACGCGAAGGCCACAGCCAAGGCGGAUACCUUCUCAUGCUAGCUCCAAAAGAAAUCCUGGAUGGUCAAGCCACCAACUACAUCAUUUUGGACUGGCGAAGCUUUCGUUUGCCCCGUUGCCUGAGUGCUGACUAUACCUUGCAAUCUCCUGGUGAAUGGGUGAUCAGCAAAACUGCUCUAGUUGUGGAUGCCAAAGCCUUGUACGAUUCAAUUCGUGCUGAAGUUCCCAAACUCUCUGGUGACAAAAGAACCAAAAUUGAAGUGAUGAUUGUGAAAGAAAAGAUGCAAGAGUGCCAAACCUUGCUGCGAUGGGUGUCAAGUGAAGCACAAUAUGCUGAUGGUAUGACAAAACCCCAAGCCCGUCAGUUGCUUACUGACCGCCUUCUACGAACUCACAUGUUCAAGCUGCAAGCAGAUGAAGAUUUCGUUGCUGCAAAGAAGAAAGCCCAACAGCAACGGGAAGCAAAUGCCCGCAAGUUUGCCUUCUCAAAAGCUGCUAGCAAAAUAGGUGGUUUGGCCCAUUUGGCUUUCAUUUCACAGAUCAUGCCCGUCACCGCUUCUCCCGCCGAUGAGUUUCGAGAAGACAAGCAACGAGUCAUUGGAAGCUACAAGCCUGAACUCGAAACUCUGGAAAGCUAUGCCCAGGUGAUGAAGGAUUCAAGCGAAACUAACAAACAAGAUGCUGAACGAUUCCGCGCAGAUCUCAAGAAGAUCAAACUGGAACUGGAAUUCUCCGAACUCGCCCACAUCGAGACCAAGGAGAAGCUGGAAGAAGCAGAGAUCUAA